AAACAAUCCUGACCGGAUUUUCCCGUUUUCUGCCGGAAAAGAGCUCUCCCUAAUGGCCGGGACCAACUGUUUCUAAUUUGACGAUAGCAUCACAGCUGCAAUAAAACACCUCGUUCUUAUCCCCCUCUUCGGGUUAACCACUGGCGCUCUACUUUCCUUGAGCUAUUUAGCCAAUUGAGGCUUGGACCUUUCCUGUUCAUCAUGUUCAACUUCGCUCGCAGCAGAGCUGCGGCUACUGCCCUGCGGUCGUCUAAGACUGCUUUCUCUCCCGCUACCAGAUUCCCCAAGAUCGCCCAACAACAGCGAAGAAAUCUGAGCAUCCACGAAUAUCUCUCAGCCGACCUUCUGCGAAAGUAUGGCAUCGGUGUUCCGAAAGGCUUCAACGCAAAGAAUGCUGCCGAGGCCGAGAAGGUGGCCAAGGAAAUUGGUGGUGAGGAUAUGGUCAUUAAGGCCCAGGUCUUGGCUGGUGGACGAGGAAAAGGUAGCUUCGACAAUGGUUUGAAGGGAGGUGUCCGUGUCAUCUACUCGCCUACCGAGGCCAAGAUGUUCGCCGAACAAAUGAUCGGCCACAAGCUCAUUACCAAGCAGACUGGUGCGGCUGGCCGCCUCUGCAACUCUGUCUACAUCUGCGAGCGCAAGUUCGCCCGCCGGGAGUUUUACCUGGCUAUUCUGAUGGACCGCGCUUCUCAAGGCCCCGUCAUUGUCUCUUCUUCCCAAGGUGGUAUGGACAUUGAGACAGUCGCCAAGGAGAACCCCGAGGCUAUCAACACUAACUAUAUCGACAUCAAGCAAGGUGUGACUGACGAGAUUGCUCGCGAUAUUGCGACCAAGCUUGGCUUCAGCGAGCAGUGCAUCGAGGAGGCUAAGGAUACCAUCCAGAAGCUGUACAAGAUCUUCACUGAGAAGGAUGCUACUCAGAUCGAGAUCAACCCCCUGUCCGAAACCUCUGACCACCAGGUUAUGUGCAUGGAUGCUAAGUUUGGUUUCGACGACAACGCCGACUACCGGCAGAAGGAGAUCUUCGAAUGGCGCGAUACUACUCAGGAAGACCCUGAGGAAGUUCGUGCUGCCGAGUCUGGCCUUAACUUCAUCAAGCUCGAUGGCGACAUUGGUUGCCUUGUCAACGGUGCUGGUCUGGCCAUGGCCACUAUGGAUAUCAUCAAGCUCAACGGUGGUCAGCCUGCUAACUUCCUAGACGUCGGUGGUGGUGCUACCCCUGCCGCCAUCAAGGAGGCAUUCGAGCUUAUCACCAGCGACCCCAAGGUUACCGCCAUCUUCGUGAAUAUCUUCGGUGGUAUUGUACGAUGCGACGCCAUCGCACACGGUCUCAUUAAUACCGCCAAGACUCUUAACCUCAAGGUUCCUAUCAUUGCCCGUCUGCAAGGAACCAACAUGGAGCAAGCUCAUCAACUGAUCAACGACUCGGGGAUGAAGAUCUUCUCCAUCGACGACCUCCAAAGCGCCGCAGAGAAGUCGGUACAGCUCUCUAAAGUUGUAAAGAUGGCACGCGAUAUUGACGUUGGUGUCGAGUUCAGUUUGGGUAUUUAAGAGACGUCCGGUAUAGACAUUGGUCUGAUAAACUGUACUAACGUUUCCAGGGAAUGAUCCCCGGAUAUUGUGAUAAUGGAGGGAGGUGUUGUUACAUAGAGCAAGGGCGGGUUUGUCACUAACUAUUGCAUGCAUUUGAUGUUUCCCCUUGCGAUCUC